AUUUCUUGUCUACUUCACACUGUCAUUGGCGCAGCCCCCAGUAUGUGCAAACGCGGGCCGAAGUCCUCGGGACCCAUAAGGUCACCUGCUUUCAGUUACUGGCAGUACCUCCAGGAUAUUCAGCUUAUCAGCGACAUCGUCUUGUCAUCUGCCUUCAGUGAACGCCGACUUUACGGCCGAAUACCACGCGAAAUAGAUAUACCAUGAGCAAACCAUUGAAGGCUACCGUAAACUGUGAUAUGGGGGAGGGCUUCUCCUUGUAUAGCAUCGGAGACGACGAAGCUCUUAUGAAGACGAUCCAUUUGGCAAAUGUUGCCUGUGGAUUCCAUGCUUCCGACUUCUCAAUCAUGAACAAGACAGUGGCACUCGCUAAGUCUAACAACGUUCUCGUGGGAGCCCACCCUUCCUUGCCUGAUUUACAAGGUUUUGGGCGUCGCGAGAUGGCAAUUGAGCCGGAUGAGCUAGAGUCCUGCUUCAUCUAUCAGGUAGGUGCAUUGGACGGGUUUUUGAAACGCCACGGCCUUCCAAUGAAUCACAUAAAACCCCACGGUUCUGUUUAUGGUCAGACAGCACGCUCUAUCAACCUUGCACGGGCAGUUGUUGGCGUCACAAAAAUCUUCAAAUCUAGCGCGGCCAGUCCUCAAGGUGUAGCCUUUAUGGGGCUUGCUGGAACAGCUCAUCAACAAGCUGCAGAAGAACUCGGCGUGCCGUUCAUUGCAGAGUGGUUUGCUGACCUCGAUUACAACGACGAGGGAAAAUUGUUGAUAACGAAGAAGCAUGAUCCAGUACCCAUUGAAGUUGUGCGCCAACGAGUAACAAACCUUUUGAGGUUCCACAAAGUUUCUACAGUCGGAGGCAAGCUGCUCGACAUUGGAGCAAAUGUCGCUGAGGUCUCCAUAUGUUGCCAUUCCGAUACUCCAGGUGCGGUGGAAAUUGCCCAAGCAGUAAAAGCUUUGGUAGACGAAAGCAACAAAGAGGCACACUAUGUGUGAACGGAGGAAUUUGAUAAUGAGUGCAAGAGGUUCCAGUCCGAGAAUCUCCCAUUACUAAAGACUAGUAUGUAGUGCGAGCUGUUGCGCUAGCACUAGCCAUCCAAGUCUCCAUCUGAUAGUCCCGAACCAUUGGCAGCGCGCACGGAAGUUGGAUUAAGACCAGCAUCUUCAUGUCUAAAUGGAUUUUCAUUCGGAUCUUCCUCCUGAAGCAAAACAGCAGAUGAGCCUUGGACGUGCCCACACGUCCAGUUGCCUUGCAUCUUGAACUACUAAUUUUGAAAAGUACAGGUGAUAGUUCGAAGAAGCUUGUCAUGAUACAGCCAUUGCCCUAUGGGAUGGCAUCAUGGUUUGACCUGAUGC